UGUCUGUGAAGUGUACGUUUUGGAGAGGAGCGGGAUGCAGUUGCCAUGACAAUGGAGCUGUGUAUUCAGGGAGCGCAGGCAGAGCUGCGAUUGGAGGAGCUAAGAGAAGCGGGCGGGCGAAAUGCCGGAGCAAACCUGUCAGCCAGCCAUCCCCCCUCCACUUCCACACGCCGUAGAUCAGGAAAGUGAUAGAGACGCCUGGUUCUCAUCAAGGCUUCCAACCCAUUCUCUGUCUGUCGCUUCCAGUCCGCUCCAAAAAGCAUCCAACUAAAGGAUCACAAGAAACCCACCUCCUCAGAUCAAGCAUGGCAACCAUUACCUGCACCCGCUUCACUGAGGAAUUCCAGAUGUUUGAGGAACUGGGCAAGGGGGCAUUUUCAGUGGUGCGUAGGUGUGUCAAGAUCGCCUCAGGGCAAGAAUAUGCUGCUAAGAUCAUAAAUACCAAGAAGUUGUCUGCAAGAGACCACCAGAAGCUGGACAGAGAGGCCAGGAUCUGCCGACUGCUGAAGCACUCAAAUAUUGUGCGUCUCCAUGACAGCAUCUCGGAGGAGGGGCAUCACUACCUGAUCUUUGACCUGGUGACUGGCGGCGAGCUUUUUGAAGACAUUGUUGCUCGAGAGUACUACAGCGAGGCCGACGCCAGUCAUUGUAUUCAGCAGAUUCUGGAGGCAGUGCUUCACUGUCAUCAGAUGGGAGUCGUUCACAGAGACCUCAAGCCUGAAAACCUUCUGCUUGCCUCUAAGUCGAAGGGAGCUGCAGUAAAGCUGGCAGACUUCGGCCUGGCCAUCGAGGUUGAGGGUGAUCAACAGGCCUGGUUCGGCUUUGCAGGGACACCUGGGUACCUGUCUCCCGAGGUUCUUAGGAAGGACCCAUAUGGCAAAGCUGUAGACUUGUGGGCAUGCGGUGUUAUUCUGUACAUCCUGCUGGUGGGCUACCCUCCAUUCUGGGAUGAGGACCAGCACAGGCUCUAUCAGCAGAUCAAGGCUGGGGCCUACGAUUUCCCGUCGCCUGAGUGGGACACAGUUACUCCAGAGGCGAAGGAUCUCAUCAACAAGAUGUUGACCAUUAACCCUGCCAAGCGUAUCACAGCCUCUGAGGUCCUCAAACACCCCUGGAUCUCUCACCGCUCCACGGUGGCAUCCUGCAUGCACAGACAGGAGACAGUGGAGUGCCUGAAAAAGUUCAACGCCAGAAGGAAGCUCAAGGGUGCCAUCCUCACCACCAUGUUGGCCACUCGGAAUUUCUCAGGAGGAAACAAGGCCAACAAGAAGACCGAUGGUGUAAAGAAAAGGAAGUCCAGUUCCAGCGUCCAGCUGAUGGAAUCCUCCGAAAGCACCAACACCACUAUUGAGGAUGAAGACACCAGAGUGAGGAAACAGGAGAUCAUCAAGGUGACAGAGCAGCUCAUAGAAGCCAUCAGCAAUGGAGACUUUGAGAGCUACACUAAGAUGUGUGACCCCAGUGUGACAGCGUUUGAGCCAGAGGCCCUGGGUAACCUGGUGGAGGGUCUGGACUUUCAUCGCUUCUACUUUGAAAACUUAUGGUCAAAGAACAGUAAGCCGGUCCACACCACCAUCCUGAAUCCCCACAUCCACCUGAUCGGAGAGGAAGCUGCCUGCAUUGCCUACAUCCGUAUUACCCAGUACAUUGACACCAAUGGCAUGCCUCGCACCGCCCAGUCUGAAGAGACGCGCAUUUGGCACCGCCGUGAUGGCAAGUGGCAGAUAGUCCACUUCCACCGCUCCGGAUCACCUUCCGCCAUCACCAACUGAACCCAGAGCGGGAAGGUUCGAGUGAGACGUCUCUCUGAGUAACACCGGCGGGCGAUCAGCCGGCCACGUAGGGACACAGAGGGACGCCCACCGACCAGCCUGAAGAACGAAGAGCCCGUCUCAUCGCAUCUCUUUACUUGAAAUCAAUCUGCGCCUCCUCUCAACUCCGUCCCAAGCCAGUCGCAUUGUAUUUCAUGCUCUGAUGUACUGUAUAUAUGCUGUGCGUUUCCGGAACAUUCAAGCCUUUGUUGUGCUGUCUCUCUGUCCAUCCUGCUCUGACCGUUGUUUAUCUUGUCAUACUACUUGACAGAGGCAAAAUUAGUACCAAUAGAUAUACGAGUAGGAUUAAAUCUCUAAAGCACUCGCAUGUUAUCACAAUCCACUGUACAGUUUUUUUCUCACUCGUAACCUUUUCAAUGCAAUUGCACCAAACCAUUGCACAGGGAGAUGCAGUUAAUUCUCUGAAGCUGGACUAUGAUGGAAACACUAAACAUGUACUGUUUCCUUGAAGCCAAUAUCGGUAGUUGUUAUUAUCUUGAAACAUAUUGGAUCAGGACAAAUGGGCAAUUUACAGAAAGUGAAAUGUUCCUUUCAAUCGUGAAUGUCUCAUGGUGUACAGUUGAUACUUUGCCACCCCUGUGAUCACGACGCUUCAAGAGUACAUUUAACAUAAACGACAAAUACUUUCUUCCUCCCUCACAAGUUUAAAUGGUAAAAAGGCUGAUCAUCAAUCUGAUUAGCCAUUUACCUCAUAGAAUAAUAUGGCUUGGGCAACAUAAUGCCAUUUCUGAGCUUCAUAUGACUAAAUGUAGAACACUGUUUGUGGAAGUAAUUUCAAAGCACUUCUUUAGGUUCUUCCAAUGAGGACUGCGGGUACAUAGAUCUUCCCCACUUUUAAGCAUUAUCACUAGAAACACUAUUGCUUGUUAGAGCAGUUUAACUUGCAACAGACAGUGUAAAUUACAGUAUUCUGCCUACUUCAGUACAAAGUAUAAAGCAAUUGGCAAAAGUCCACUAACGCCACCCCAGGUUUUUCUGCAAUAAGUUAGAUUUGGUGUUUUUAUACUGAAUAGUGAUAAAGAUUUGGUGUGAAUUUUAAAAUGGGAAUGAUUUUUAGUGACUGUUUGAUUGAUGUGUUCCAUUCCCUCUAUUUCUUCAUUCAUCAGUUAUGUUAACAUCACUGUGUAUUGCAUGCAAGAUGAGUUUAAAAUGAGCACUGGUUCUCGCUGCUUGUGUUUUAGUAUUCUAAUUUGUCAAAUAUGACAUUUCAGAUGUACUUUCAGAGAUUUUAAUAUUUUUUCUUUUUACUGCCAGAAGAAUGUAAAGACUGGAAAAAUUAUAAAACU